AAAUUAGGGCAACGGAUUUUACCAUUAUAUUUCCGUGAUAUAAUUCGCAUUUAAUUUUCGUUUAUCGCAAUUUAAGUUCUCGCAUAUCACAAAUUCUUAUCUGUUGCAUCGUUGAUAAGCAAUAAUCGCUUAUCAGUCUAUUUAUUACGAUACUUUAUUGUUUAAUAAUUCAUGCAAACGCUCAAAGCAAUUAUAACGAAACUAACGACGAAAGAUGGAUGGCUUGACAACAACAGUUUCAACUAUGCUAGUCUCUUUAAGCCUCAAUUUCCUUAUUCACUUCCCAACAAGCCAAGAAAGCGAACAAAACCAUCGCCAUUCUUCUCUCUUGAUACGGAAUUGCCCAUUCUGAUACUCCUAGUAACUGGUUUACAGCACGCUUUGGCCUGUCUGGCUGGCGUUAUAACGCCGCCAAUGAUAAUCAGUUCAUCUCUCAAUUUCUCUCCUGACUUACAAUCUUACAUGGUAUCAUCAUCUCUUAUAUGCAGUGGAAUAUUGUCUAUAAUUCAAAUGCUACAUCUCAAAAUACCGUAUACAAAUAAAUUCAUUGGUACAGGUAUAGUGACAAUUGUUGGCGUUUCUUUCAACACAAUACCGGUUUUUUCGUCUAUGGCCAACCGUAUGUAUAAUAAUGGAACCUGUCCCAUGGAUGAUCAAGGAAAUAAAUUACCUUGUCCAGAAGCAUAUGGGUACUUUAUCGGAACGUGUAUGCUCGCUAGCUUAUUGGAAAUUGGUAUAUCACUCCUUCCUUCAAAAGUAAUCAAAAGGAUCUGCCCUAGAGUUGUAUCUUCCACCGUUAUCAUAAUGAUCGCAUGUAAUUUGAUCCAAUCUUCAGGAUUCGUGAAUUGGGCAGGUGGAAGUGAUUGUACUACCGCCUGUCCUAGUGCUGACGCACCUAGACCACUACCGUACGGCGCUAUUGAAUUUAUUGGAUUGGGAUUCCUCGCCGUUUUAACAAUCCUGCUUGUUGAAAUAUUUGGUAGCCCAUUCAUGAAAAGUGGCAGCUUGAUCAUUGCUUUAGCAGUAGGAUCCACCGUUGCAGCAGCCUGUGGAUAUUGCAUCAAUAAAACACGUGAAUCACCAGUGAUAACGUUUAUCUGGGUUCAUACAUUUAAAUUACGUCUCGAUCCACCAUCAAUCUUACCAAUUAUGGCUAUCUAUCUUGUCAACUCCAUCGAAGCACUCGGUGACGUUACAGCAGCUUCAGAAGCAUCGCGUUUGUCUAUCACUGGGGACAAAUUUGAUGAAAGGAUUCAGGGCGGUAUUCUCGCUGAUGGUCUUGCUGGUAUCUUCGCAGGUGCAAUGACACAGGCUCCGAUGUCUAUAUUUGCUCAGAAUAAUGGUAUAAUCGCUUUAACAAGAGUUGCUAACAGAAGCGCUGGUAUAGUCUGCGCAUGUUACCUCAUUUUGUUCGGAAUACUGGGGAAAAUAUCAGGCGUCUUUUUAUCAAUUCCAAAUCCCGUUCUAGGAGGCGUAACGAGUUUCCUUUUCGCAAAUGUUUUGGUUUCAGGUGUUCGCAUUUUAGGUACGCUCUCAUGGCAGAGAAGAGACAGAAUUAUACUUUCAACUGCAUGGAUGUUUGCAUUCGGUGUUCUUUUAGUACCAGACUGGGCAGCGAACUUUUUCAGGGGCGUCCAAACGAAUGGUAACGAAGCAUUGGAGGGUUGGUUUGAAACAAUAGAAACCAUCGUAUCCACACCAUCAAUCAUUGGAUGUCUAAUGGCCAUUUUGAUGAAUUUGAUAAUACCGAGCGAUGUGGUUGAGAAUGCAAACGAGAAUGAUAUCGAACAUGGGAUUAUUUCUGAGGUCCCCUCAUUCAAGUCAACAGACAUGGAGAAGUAGUAGGAAAGUAACUUUCCGUAAAUUAGACAAAUUUAAUGUAGUAGUAUUCAGAUAUGUAUAUUAGAUCUGUAAAAUCUAUAAACUUAUGAGAAGAUUGCACAAAUUGUUCAACGUCACUUACAAUUUAGGUAGUAUCUCUCUUUACAUGUACCAAUGAUUUAAGUG